GAAGCAACCCGAAUAGAGAGAAGAGAUUCCGUAUUAUAUACGUUUAAUAUUUAUUAUCUAUAUAUUAAUAAUUGCAAACAGUUUAUUUAUUUAUAUUUAUGAUCUUAAAUUACCGUAAAAAUGUUUCAAUUCGGUCCAAAGAAACAUAAAACGGAUGAACCAAUAUUUUUUGAUGGAUUCUGCUACUCACGUUCAAAAAAAUCAGAUGAUAACAAUACAAUAUAUGUUGAAUGUCAUGAUAGGAUAAGCAAAAAAUGUCCAGCUCGAGGAAUAUUAAAUACUGAAGGGUCAAGAGUUCUGUUAACAACAAAUCAUAAACAUGCAAGAAAUUUCGAUGAUCAUGUUAUUUAUACGUUUAAACGUGAUCUUUAUAGAGCAGUAACUUCAAGCUACCGUGAUCUACGUUUAAUAUAUGACGAAAUAACUAUCAGGCACGCUGAUGCAGCAACACUAGUACCCUAUAUUAGUAUUGUAAAAACUAUGCAAACGUGGCGUAAAAAUAAUCGUCCACCAGUUCCUAAGACGCUUCAAGAGUAUGUUGAGCGAUUGAAUUCUGAUUACUGGAGGAAGUUUUUUAUUCCUCCUAAUAGUAAUUUAACUGUUAUUAAUGUUAGAGGAACUGAUGGAUCAGUAGCAACUGUAUUUAUUGAUGCGAAUUUGCUACAAAAUUUUCAAAGUGUUCACCUAUAUGCUGAUGCAACUUACAAAAUAUGUCCACAAGAGCCUAAAAAUAAAAUAUAUCAAUUUUUCACUAUAAUGGCGACAUUCGAUGAUACUUACAAAUAA